AUGCCGGAUGGAACAGGACUACUGGGCAGCGAUGGAAGCGACGUUGCAGGCGAGGAUGAAUUUGAAGACACCGAGGAAAGCGACGAGGAAGGCGAUACGGACGAGGACUCUGAGGUUGAUACGGAGGCUGCCACAGUCACGGUUACUCCCCACAGUUACUGGAACGCCAUCAACCAUGUUCAAGCCCAUGGGCAUGAGCACGGAAACGACAAGUCAGUCGCCAGUCUUCCCGAUAACUUGUAUGCAUGGGAUGCGAGGUUGAAACAAGAGGACUUUAAAAGGCGGCAAUGCGCAAAGGAGGACAAGGACGAAGCGGCUUCUGGAGGCAUUGCCAACCCCCACAAGCUUGACAUGACAUACUUUCCUCAUAGCAACACGGUGCAACCAACGCCUCGGAACACCUUCCAUAUGAUGACUUUCCUGGGGAAUAUUAAAUCCACUGAGCAUAACCGACAUCCCUUGACACCGCAGACUCAUCUGGCAGAUCUUGGGAAGAAGCUCUUUCUGCUACGAACAUACGAGAAAGAUAUCGAACUGCGCUCGUUCGCCACAUCCCCAAGUGAAAAUUCACCCUCAGAGAUCGGAGUUAUUUGUCCAGACGUACUGACGUUUGGACGGUUUCGAAAUGUCGGCUUGCGAGGGCAUUUUCAUGCGACAAGCAGGCUGAACAUGAUUGCUUUGGCCCCUGAACUUUCUCUCAUGGCCAUCGGAUCACCUACUGGACGGGUUGCGAUCAUAACACUAACACGGAAGGCUUUCCCGACUGAACACCAUGAGGUUGCUUGGGAGCAUGGGUUUCGAGUGGAGUGGGUGCUACCAACGGGGUCUGAUGAGGCCAAGCAUCGCAAGACCCUGCGGCCUAUGCACGGAAUGGCCCUGGGUCCAGUCCAGACGGGCGACAAUGUCGGAGGUAAGGUCGGAGGUGGAGGACCAGCAAUGCCACGGCGAUAUCGGCUGAUGCUGCACUAUCGAAACCACGAUAUAUUGUCUUAUGAAUUGACAAGGGAGGAACAAACGGGCAAACUAUGCAUUUUCUGA